AUGCCGCCUUUCGACGCGCCGCCGGCGGGCGGCCCGGCGCGGAACCCGCCGCCGGCCCCCGAGGAGGCGGGGGCGGCGCCGCACGCGCGGACGCGGCUGCACGACAUCGUCAAGGAGCUGGACCCGAACGAGCGGCUGUCGGACGAGGUGGAGGACGUGCUGCUGGAGCUGGCCGACGACUUCGUGGAGGCGACGGUGCGGGCCGCCUGCCUGUCGGCGCGCCACCGCCGCUCCGCCGUCGUGGAGGCCCGCGACGUGCAGCUGCACCUGGAGCGCCACUGGAACAUGUGGCUGCCGGGCUUCGGCACGGAGGAGCUGCAGCCGUACGCCCCGGCUGCCGAGGGGGAGGCCCACCGCCGCCGCAUGGAGCUCGUGCGCGAGGCCGCCGGCAAGUGACGGGGAGCGAGCAGGCUUUCGCUUCAUUUUUUUACCGCAGUGGAAGUAGCGAAGAGCGAGUGACGGUAGACACCGAGAAUGGCGGAGGGGUGUCCGGUGCGGUAUUACAGUUCCGAGUGUGACGACGUUCGGGGAAGAGUGGUACGUUAGGAGCUCGUAAUGUGUCCCCUACCCCCUUCUUCCACUGCGAGAGGACAAAACUUUGUAAGCUAAAAGAAAUUGAGUCACGUACGUACACAGUGCCGCCUAUUAGUGAAAGGAGCCCACUCUCGUGCGAUAUCGGACACGACUUUUUGCCUCGAAUUCUUCGUUUGAGAAAACUGUAAACUCUUUGACGAGGCGUAACAGCUAGCUGCUACUCGAGUUGGCGAGGAGAAAUUCGGAGUGCUGCCGGUAGGUGUGUGGAAAAGCGGAGGAAAUGACUCUCUAGUUGUCGGAACUUCGACACUGUGGGUGGAGAUAGAUUGCCAGUUAACGUAAAGAAGAUAAGUUCCGGACAGAUACAAUAAAAGGCACUCGCGUAAAACUUCCGGCCGCGGCCUUGAUCGGCAAAAGAGCAACGCGGACCGUUCGUAACGCGGGCGAGCGCAGCUAGUGCACUUGUGGCCGUGAAGUCUGGCAGCUCUGACCGAGGUAUCGGAGCCGGCAGCCGCGUGUGCGCAAGGCGAACCGGCUCGUGCUACUAGCUGUAACUUCCUUUCGAGUGGGGGACCUCGGUGACAUCACAAAAUUUUAGCAGUUCCUGUGCUGUUAGCGUGUAGAGAAAUCGUAGACUGGAAGUUUUGUGCACACGCUUAACCUCUUUUAUGUGUGGGACAAAUUUUGUUCUCUUCCCUGGAAUGGCAGAAACAUUUAUCAGUGGUAGCUUUUGUCAUAUAUUUGUUGUUCUGUGUAAUUUUUGUGUGUGUUCGUAAGAUGUGCACGACUUGUAAUUACUUAACGGGCAUACUGUUUUAAAACACUGAAAAACAUUUGGAGGACAGUUUCAGUUAAAUAUGUUUGACAUUCUGGUCAAAUACGAAUAAUAAGGUAAUAAUUGUUGUCAGUGUGUUGUGUUAUAUUUCCGAAUUUUCAUAUUUCGUCCGAAGUUAAAAAUUUUAAAACAAGUUAUGAGAUGCAGCAGUUGCUACCUAAUUGAAAUACAGAGUUUCCACAAAGUGUCUGACAA